GUGAGAUUCGAAGCUUACUUGUACUCACCAAAAGUUGCAAAUUCCAUUUUUUUUUUCGUUUGCUCUAUGGAACUUGUUGUAAGAUGAUUGAAUUUAGUUGCAGAGAGAGUAACAGCACAUCAACUAUUUAACCCGCAGAUCAACUAUUUAACCCAAAUCAAAAGAGAACAGAACAAUGGUUUCCUCCCUCUCUACUUCAGUAAGAACGAUUGGCAGGAUGCGUGCCUGGAAUUGUGCAUCCGCUUUCCGUACAUGGAUUUUAUUGAAGAGGAGUUAUGCAAGUGAUGCUGCCAAAGCUAGUUUGAAUCAUCAAGCUGAAAAUGUUCAUGAGGGUGGAGAUAAGCCUGUUGAAACAAAUAAUGUUGAGCAGUAUGAUGUUGCCAUUGUCGGAGGAGGCAUGGUUGGCAUGGCUCUUGCUUGUACUCUAGCAAGCAUGCCAUUGACAAAAUCAUUAAGUAUUGCAAUAAUCGAUAGCAAUCCUGCCUUGGGAUCAAGAAAACACAUUCCAAACGACAGUAUUCCUGAUCCAAGAGUUAGCACUGUGACACCUGCAACUCUGUCUCAUUUCAAGGAUAUUGGUGCUUGGGAAUAUAUUAAAAAACAUAGCCAUGCAUUUUUUGAUAAGAUGCAGGUAUGGGACUACACAGGCCUGGGUUACACCAGGUACAAUGCAAAGGAUGUUGGUAGAGAAAUUCUAGGGUGCGUAGUGGAGAAUAAGGUGCUUCAGAGUUCUCUUCUGUCACGUUUACAGGAUGCAGGAGUUGGUGAGAGAAUUUACCCAGCUAAGUUGACCUCUAUGUCACUACAGUCACACUUUCCCUCUGCAGUUGAUAUGCUAGAUAUCGAGACAUCAAAUUAUUCAAGCCGAACCUCUGGAGACCCCAAACGUCACGGAUGCUUAGCAAAGUUGGAUCUAAGUGAUGGAAAUACUCUCUACACAAAACUUGUGGUUGGAGCUGAUGGAGCCAAGUCAAGUGUUAGGAAAAUAGCUGGACUGAAAACAACUGGAUGGAACUAUUCUCAGCAUGCAGUCAUCUGCACUGUUAAACACGCAACUGAAAAUCACUGUGCAUGGCAACGAUUCCUUCCAUCUGGUCCCAUAGCACUUUUACCAAUAGGGGAUACAUACAGUAAUAUUGUGUGGACAAUGACUCCCCAUGAGGCUUCCAAUCAUAAAUCAAUGCAUGAGGAUGAUUUUGUGAAAGCGAUAAACCAUGCUUUGGAUUAUGGAUAUGGUCCUCAUCCUCAUUCCAAUCUUGGUUUCAUCGAUAAAUUCUCAUGGUUGGCAGGGGGUGCAAUAUCUUCAAUGAAAGAAAGUUUUGAGGUGCCUCCCAAAAUAGACCAGUUGGUCUCCGAAAGGAUGGCAUUUCCUCUGUCUCUUAUGCAUGCACAUGAAUAUGCAUCACAUCGUGUGGUGCUUAUUGGCGACGCAGCUCACGCUGUACAUCCUUUGGCAGGCCAAGGAGUAAAUUUGGGGUUUGGUGAUGCAAUUUGUCUUUCAAAUAUUAUUGCGGAAGGAAUUUUAGUGGGUUCAGACAUUGGUGAGCUGUCACUGUUGAAGAAAUAUGAGAAAGAAAGGAAGAUGGCUAAUUUGACAAUGAUGGCUAUCCUUGAUGGUUUUCAGAAGGCCUUCUCAGUCGAUCUUGGACCCAUAAACCUUCUAAGGGCGGCUGCCUUCCAUGGUGCUCAGUACAUUGGACCCCUCAAAAGAAAUAUUAUCUCCUAUGCGACAGGUGAACAGAAGUGGCCGUUGUUUGGCUAACACAAUGAAAAGCCACCAAAUUUUGUAAUAAUUACAAUCGGUAACUAAAUGGUAAAAAAUUUCUCAUUGUCAAUAGAAAUAAAAUUUUAUAUAA